AGUUUACAUGCAUGGCAAGAAUUACAAGUAUUGACAUCAUUGAUGGCUGGUGGUAUCCUACAUGUCCAAAGUGUGGAGGUACAACGAAGCCAUGGAAACAUUCAAACUUAUGCUCUCUAUGUAAUGUUAUUGACGAGGCGCCAAUCCCAUGCUAUAUUCUGAACACCACUGCUGAAGAUGAGAUAGGCCAAGCUCUAUUUAUGAUUUUUGACCGCCUGGCAGAGAAGCUAAUUGGAGUUUCAGCAAGUACACUUACAUCUGCAAACAGCGCCAAUCGAUAUGUCCUGCCACAAAUGAUCAAAGAUAUCUACCAUAAUUUACACACGUUCCAAGUAACAAUAAACACUAACAACAAGAAGAUGAAGUCCAUUUGUUUCAAAGUGACAAAAAUCUUCGAUGGUGCAGUGUUUGCUCAGGUUAAGGAGGAGAAGCAGCCUGGGAUUUUUGAGACAGUGAAGCCAAUCAUAACAGGCAACAAAAUAGAAGAUGUUCUAUCUCAGGAGUCAGCUUUCUCAAACAGCCAGCCUGUGAAUGAAUCGUCAAGGUUGCAGGAUGACAUACAAGUCCAUACACCGCAAAAAUCAAGGUCAACCACUCCUAGGAAGGCGAAGAAAAACUUAACAACAAUCCAUCUUGAUGAAUCAAACUCUGAUGAUGAGCCUAUAUCUGUGUUAUUCCAAAGAAAUCUCAAGAGAAAUAAAAGGGAAAUUCUAACAAUAGAAGAGCCAGUGGACAAUAUAAAAAAACAAAGGAAUAGUGCUGUGCAAAAAAAGAAGAAAGGGAAAAAGCAAGCAAAAUGAAAAUCCUUUGAAGUUUUGGUCAGGCAAUGCACAGUUUCCAUCAUGGUUGAUUGGUUGUGAUAAAUUUUGGUAUGCUUAAUUUGGAUCUCUGCUGCUGCUUCUUAUAUCUGAUGCAGCCUUAUAUGUAAGAUCCUUUGAUGAUGCCAUCAGCAUUUUUGUCAGGCAUCCAGUAGUUCCAAUGAAGAAUGAGUGGCUGUAAUAUAUUUUGCCACACCUAUUUUGAUCUCUGCUGCGUCUGUUUAUCUCUAAUGCAGCCUUAAAUGUAAAGUCCUUUGAUAAUGCCAUCACAGUUGUUGCUAGGCGUUCAAGACUUUUAAUCACAGGGGAAUGAUUAUCAUAUAUUUUGUCAUACUUAUUUUGGAUAAUUCCUUCCCCUGCUCAUGUCAUGCAAAAUUCUAUGUAAAUGUUUUUCGCA